UUCAGCUUUAGUCUUCUAGCUACUUCUUGCUUGUGAUAUUACUCUACUUUCCUACUUAAAUUUUACUAGCCAGAUUUUUUUUUUCAAACAAAAAAAAAAAAAAUGAAGUCUGAGUUUAGCCUUCUGCUUUUGCUCUCAAUUAUUGUGUUUGGAGCCAUUACGGUUACAAAUGCAGGAGGUGGUGCCCCUGGUGGUGGGGGAUUGAGACCUAACUUUUACAGGUUUACUCGCUGUCCCCAAGCUGAGAUGCUUGUGAAAGCCCUCACAAUAAGCAAAGUGCGAAGUGACCCUACCUUGGCUCCUAAAUUGCUUAGGGUGCACUACCAUGACUGCUUUGUUAAGGGAUGCGAUGCCUCUAUACUCCUGGACACAGUUGGAACUAAUCAAUCAGAGAAGGAUGCAAGACCUAAUCAAACACUAGGAGGCUUUGAAGCAAUUGAUAAUAUCAAGGCACAAGUGGAAAAAGCUUGCCCGGGUAUUGUAUCAUGCGCAGAUAUUCUUGCAUUGGCUGCUCGUGACGCUGUUUCCUUUCCUUUUGGACGGAAUUUGUGGGAAGUUCCUACCGGAAGAAGAGACAGCAGGGUGUCUCUUAUAUCUGAUGUCAAUGGAAACUUGCCUUCUCCAUUCUCAGACUUUCCUACCCUUCAACAGUUGUUUGCCAAGAAAAAUCUCAACGUUAAUGAUCUCGUGGCACUAUCAGGUGCACACACCAUUGGAGUAGCCCACUGUGGAGCUUUCUCGAGAAGGCUUUUCAAUUUCACUGGCAAAGGUGAUAUGGAUCCAAGUCUUGAUGCAACCUACGCUGGAACUUUGAAGCAACAAUGCCCCAACCCGGCCAACCCCGCAACAACUGUGGGAAUGGAUCCUCAGAGCUCUCGUUCAUUUGAUACUCAUUAUUUCACCAUUCUCAACCAAAAGAAGGGCCUAUUCCAAUCUGAUGCAGCACUUCUAACAAAUGCCGAUUCAGCUGCAAUCGUGAAUCGGCUGCAAUUUCCAAGAAAUUUCUUCUUUGAGUUCGGAAGAUCAAUGGUGAACAUGGGAAACAUUGAAGUGCUGACUGGAACCGCCGGAGAAAUUAGGAAAAACUGCCGCGUUAUUAAUCCUUUAGCAUGAAGGAAAUUUUUGAUUUGUUGAAGAAGCGUGCUGAGAUGUCAAAUGACUAAGUAGUCUGAUCAUCUCUCUUUAAUUUUUUUUUUUUUUUUGGGGUUUCUCUUUCUUGACAUUGUAUUGUUACUGAUAAUUGUGUUUCAAUUGUUUAA